AUGCCGAUGACGACCGACUUCCUUAUCGAGUUCCUGGUUCGCUUUCUGGCAGAUUAUCUGGGGCCUCCCCAUCUGCAAUAUGUGGACGAGGAGAGUCCCCCCGGUUCUACCCUCACCCUGUCCCAAUCCCCAUCCCUGAUGACUGAAGCGGACACUUCCGGCACCCGUGGUGGUUCCUUCUCCUCUGACACAGACAUACCCUCAAUGUGGAGCUCUUCGGCCGCAGAACCCGGUUUCACCCACAUCAGCGCCAUCACCAGCAUCACCUCCACAACCAGCGACAACUUCACCAGCAGCAACAAGCGCGAUACUUGGGGUCCGGCCGACAGAGAUGCCGCCAUCCAUGAUGCAAGCAGCAUAAGUAUCAGCAGCAUCACUGAUCUCAGUAGCAGCCAGAACAGCACUACCAACCACCCUACCGCCGACUUCAGCGAGGAUGAGGAAUACGAGGAAUACCAAGAGGAGGAAAUGGAAGAGGAGGAAGAGCAAGAGAAGGAGAAGGAACAUCCAACCACCGGUUUCAGCGACGAUGAGGAAUACGAGGAAGACCAAGAGGAGGAAAGGGAGAAGAAUGACGAA